UAGUAGUAGUAUGACUGAUACAGUCCUGUGUACCAAGGCUGACUGCCGCAACUUGAAGCAAGGCACUCAGCCACGCAAGGCCAACAAGAACUGCACACGACGCAACUGCAAGCAGUGUUUUGUCACCCAACAGCAUGAAAACUCGACCAUACCACCACUUGCCACCAUUAACCCCACGUCUACUCAACUUGACCACCCUCCAGUUACUGCAUCGAGUCAGUCACUCCCCAGCCACUUCACACGAAACUAUGCUCGGCCGUUAGACCCCAAUUACGCACGGAACUAUGUUCUCGGGCACCAGCGGACAUUGGUGGCUGAGCAACGCUUUCAAGCUGACCAAAGUCUGAGCAUUAUGAUCCGCAAUAUGGUUGAUAUAGUGCUCUGGUUGAAGAACAAUGAACCUCCCCACCUCGCAAAGCUGACAUGCUCCACACCUGGAAAGUUCGUGCCAGGAGACCAUCCGCUAUUGAUGAGAUUCGAGCUCGGGGAUUAUAUUGCAGUAUAUUGCAGUGAUCAGCAUGCCUGGAUCGAGCAAGAUAUCAAGACUCCGCUUCUCAGUCCUCCCAAUUCAACAAUCCUGCUUCGUUCUAUUGAUCUGACCGGACAAUCAUAUGCUACUUGGAUUUGCCGAGAGGGUCUCAUCUCUUAG